UGAGUCAACCAUAACAUAGGCCCCUUAAGUCUAAUGACUGAGUAGCUGAUGUUUCGUAUGUAGGCUAUUUGUUUUAGUUUAUUAAUUUCAGGAGGAAUUAAAAUAAUAAUUUGAACAAUGAAACGAUGGAACUUGUAAAGAAAUUAUAAAAACGUUUUAUUGCGUCUUUUUAUAAUAAUUUUCUUCUAUUUUCACAACAAACUCAUUUAUUUUCUAUGCACGUAAUCUCACAAAUAUUUUAUAUACAAUGUAAUUUGGAACUUUUUAUGCACGUAUCACAUUUUAUAUGUAAUAAAAUUACACGUAGUUAGUUAUUUAUAUAUUUGUUUUUGUACAUUCAUUUCGUGUUUAAGCGUCAGCGCCCGGCUAUGUCGGCUUUUCGAUUCUCUGUUUUAUUUAAUUAUUGUAAUAGUAACAACAUUACAUUUUGACCACUUGUGAGAUUUUUGAGUUCCAGACGUUUUAUUCCAAGAGCCACAAUUGAAUAAACAGUGACCCUUUGUUUUAUGUCUAUUGACGUAACGUACGCGUUGCCCAGGGAACAAUGAGACAAUAACAUUGAUCCAGCUGACGGCUAUAUGGUGAUCUCGAUUCUGGCGUGAAAGUUUUGACAGGUAAUUUAAAUUAUUACUUUUCUCUCCCCGACUGUUCUUUGAUACUGUAUGUUACUGAGCCUUAGUAGUAGUUAAACUUUUUUAUACAAUGGAACAGGAGAGACUAAUUGUCCCUGGCCCUGGAAGCUAGCUACAUAUUGUACCGCCAACAUACGAGUAUUAUUUGUUUAGGGAGCUUCACAGAAACUUGAUCUCUGAGAGAACAAUGACGUACAGUUGUGACUCCGAUGAUGGCUUCAAGGAGCCCUACUACGAUUUCGACAGUGAGCUCUCCACAGGAGUUGGGAGAAGGCCCCGGGUCAACUUCCAUGAUGUAGGAGGUGGGGAUGGCGACACUCCAAGGGUAAAGCCUCGUCCCAAGAGUGCUUGUAGCGCAAGUGGCAGAAGAGACCGACUGAGAAGUCUCACGCGUGGGGAGGUUCACAGCAAACCCACAAGAUGUAAUUCAGCUCUUGGUAUCAGGAGGGGAGAGGGGCGGCGAGGGCACCACAGCUGUAUGGAGCUCUCUCCCUCCAGUGAUGACAUGGCGCCAGCAGACAAGAGCUGUAUCAGGAACUUCCGCAGGAGUCUCAAACUGCUUGGCUUGCAACUGGAGGGCUUUGAUCUGGGAGCUGGUGAACACUCACCCAAGCCUGAUGUCAAGAAUGCCAAGUCGAAGGUGAACUCCCUGGUGACUAGACGCACAGUGUCCCUAGAGGAUCUGCAUGAGGCUGUAGUAAGAGUGGGCUUCCCCCUCAGUUCUGAGGCCACCGGAGAAGGUGAGAGGCAUCGUCAGGUCCUAGCAAAGGCAAUAUAUGAGGAGUGGUACUUCAAAAAACAGGAGGAAGAGUUCAAGCGUAAACAAGAGGCAAGAAGACAGCAGAAAGUGAAACAAUGGGAAAUGCAGCAUAGGAGAUGUGAGCAGAUGCGAAAGUCACAGGAAAGCUACACGGAAUGGCUCCACAAAAAAAGAAAACAACAACAAGAUCAGCUGAGAGGUCCCAAAGGCCCCACUAGGCCAAUUCUUCCAAGUAGUUCAGUAACUCCUGAGAGAGCCCGGUCAGCAUAUGAAUCAUGGAAAAAAGAGAAAGAGAAAGCCUUAAAAAAGAAACAAGAAGCAAUCAAAUACCAACAAAAGAUAAUGGAGGAAAACAGCAAUAAAGAAGAUGCAGAAAGGGCUUACCAAGAGUGGAAAAAGAGAGCAGACAAGGAAUGGUUUGCAAAGUUACGAGAUGUUGAAAGAAAAUUAAAAGAGCUUGAAAAGGAAGAAGAGAAGAAAUUGUUGGAAAAAAAGAAGUAUGCAGAGAUGGCUUAUAAAGGAUGGAUAGAGUCGAAAGAAGAACAAAUGAAACAGAAGAUCAAGGAUGCUAGACGUGCCCAUACCGAAGCUCAGAGACGAAUGGCUACUCGGCGUAAUGAACGGUUUGGCCAAUCACAGCAAGCCUUUCUCGCCUGGCUGGACCUUGUAGACGAACGAUUCUACAGAGAUCUGGCCAAGAAACGGCUUCAACAACAAUUAACUGGCGAUUAAAAUGUCUCCAUCAUGUUUGAGUUCUUAAAAGUGCAAUAUUAAACCAUUUUAUCUAAGCA